GACGCUGUAGCAUUUUUAAAAGCAUUUUGACAUACUUGCCAGUCAAAGGUCAUUGCAUAACGUCAUUCCCCUCGUGUUGGCUAGUUGUUUUGCUGCGCACAUACCUGACGGCAAAGGAACCAUGUCUUACACCUGUAUUAGCUGUCGGGUGGCUUUCACCGAUGGUGAAGUGCAGCGGGCACACUACAAGACCGACUGGCACCGUUAUAAUCUGAAGCGCAAAGUGGCCGACAUGCCUCCUGUCACCGCCGAGAACUUCGAGGAGCGCGUGCUGGCACAGCGGACAGCGGCCGAGCAGCAACAGCACCAGCUAGAUCACGGCAGUGGGCAGGUGUGCGCCACCUGCAACAAGCACUUCAGCAGCGCCAACGCCUACGCCAACCACCUGCAGUCCAACAAACAUCAACAGGCCGAAAAACGUGUCGUGGCUGCCGCCCAGGCAAGCGUUCAGCGGAUGAACGAGAAGAACCUGGAGAAGGGAACCGAGCUGGAUAAGGACGCCCAGAACGAGGCGCUACAGCAAGCGCUGAAGGAACAACAGAGACCUACACCUUCUAAAGCAACACCAGCGGAGAAGGACCGAACGCGUCCAGACAAACCCCCACGGCUACAGUGGUUAGAGCAGCAAGCAAAGAAGUUGGCGAAAGAGGACGGAGAAGAGGAACAAGAGGAGUGGGAGGACUUUGAUGAUGAUGAUGAUGAUGAUGAUGAUGAUGACGACGACGAUGAUGAUGAGAUGGAGGCUGAUGAUGACGAGGAAGAGGAGAUGGAGGAGGGUUCAUCAGAGAAGCCUGAGCCCACGCCCGGGGCCAUUCCAGUCACAGAAUGUCUGUUCUGCAGGCACCACUCGCGCUCUCUCAGCAGAAACGUGGCUCACAUGACCAAAGUGCACAGCUUCUUCCUGCCUGACGUGGAUUACCUCGUGGACCUGAGGGGACUCCUCUCUUACCUGGGGGAGAAAGUGGGAAUGGGAAAGGUGUGUCUGUGGUGUAAUGAAAAGGGCCGAUCGUUCUACUCAACGGAAGCUGUGCAGGGCCAUAUGGUGGACAAGAGCCACUGUAAACUCUUCACAGAUGGAGAUUCCGCCCUGGAGUUUGCAGACUUCUAUGAUUUCAGGAGCAGCUACCCUGACGCUAAAGACGGAGAGGACGCGGGGAUGAGGGACGGCGAGCUACCUAACGUGAAGAACGUGGAUAUUGAUGACGAGACUCUGGAGCUCACGCUCCCCUCAGGUGCCAAGGUUGGCCAUCGUUCCCUGAUGCGCUAUUACAAGCAGAAGUUCGGCAACCAGAAGGCUGUGGUUCUGGCGCAUAACACAAAGGCUGUGGGCCGGGUUCUAAGACAGUAUCAGGCCCUCGGCUGGGGGGGAAAUGCAGGUAAAAUGCAGCAGAAGGACAUGCAGUAUGUGCAGAGGAUGAAGUCCAAGUGGCUUCUAAAGAUGGGCAUGACUAACAACAUGGUCACAAUGCACCACUUCAGAUCACAAGUCAUGUUUUGAAUAACCCACUUGACCCGGUCGUCACAUCUCGACUGGUCUCUGUGCAGGAGGUGCUGUAGGAGAACCCUCACUCUACAUCCUGUAGUGCUUACCAACAUAGCCCUGUUGCAGUUCAGUAGUUGGGUCUUGUUUGUUAUUAUGAGUCCAGGUAACCUGCUAGGUGGCUUGCUGAUGUUUAAUCCCUAAUAUAACCAAUGGAAGACUUAUAUGAGUAAUGACUACUCAGACUAGGCUGUCAUUUCUUCUGAUAUUCUGCUGCUAAACCUUUCCAUAGUCAUUCUUAGGCCUGUAUUGAUUACAGUGUGAAAUAACAACCAAUAAAGAAGGUCUUGUGUUUUA